AUGACACGAGCUAACCCUGGUGAAUUGCAUCAUUUUAAUCCUGAAAUUGAUAGGACAUUUCAUCAUUUAAGUAGAACACAUAAAAGACUUUCCUUCACUAAUAUUCAAGUUGAUAAUAGUGUAGGUUCUACUAGUAGUGUUAAUCAUUCUGUUUUUAUGCAUUCUGAUUCCGAGGAUAUUAUUAAUAUGGCUAACAGAACUUUAAAGGAAAUUGCAGCACCUGAUGUCAACUAUCACGCUUUGGCAAUUCGGUAUCCGAAUUUGGAUGCAGACUUUGAGCUCAAAUCAGGGCUGAUACAUCUACUGCCCAAGUUUCAUGGUUUAGCUGGGGAAGACCCUCACAAGCACUUGAAGGAAUUCCAUGUGGUGUGCUCAACCAUGAAGCCACAUGGAGUGGAGGAGGACCACAUCAAGCUGAGGGCAUUUCCUUUUUCUUUGGAUGGAUCUGCCAAGGAUUGGUUGUACUACUUGCAUCCUGGUUCCAUCACAAGCUGGCAGGACAUGAAGAGGAUGUUCUUGGAGAAGUUCUUCCCUACCUCAAGAGCUGCUUCUAUUAGGAAAGAAAUUUGUGGCAUAAGGCAGAUUACUGGAGAGACUCUGCAUGAGUAUUGGGAGAGGUUCAAGAAAUUGUUUGCAAGCUGUCCACACCAUCAAAUCAGGGACCAGCUCCUCAUUCAAUAUUUUUAUGAAGGACUCAUGCUAAUGGACAGAAGUAUGGUUGAUGAUGCUUCUGGAGGGGCUUUGGUAGACAAAACUCCCACUGCAGCUCGUGAAUUGAUUGCAAACAUGGCUGCCAAUGCACAACAGUUUGGUACCCGAGCCAUGGUGUCUACAAGAGGAGUGAAUGAAGUGAAAACCUCUGAUACAAACCAACAAAGGAUGGAGAACAGAAUAGAAGAGUUGACAACUUUGGUGAGACAUUUGGCACUCGGUCAGACACAACAACCUCAACAGUCCAUCCCAGCAGCAGCAAGUAUUUGUGGAAUUUGCUGUUUCCAACAACAGCAGCAGCAAAGGAAUUAUGACCUCUUUUCCAAUACAUACAAUCCCAGAUGGAGAGAUCACCUGAACCUGAGGUAUGGUAAUUCUAAUAAGUUCCAACAGCAUCAACAACAACCUCAAUAUCAGUUCAGGCACCAUGCUAGAGAACCAAACAUGAGGUAG